AUGGCUCCCAUAACACGCAGUACGACCAAUUUUGGCAGCACCACCAACUCGAGCAACAUUUUCAACGAAUCAGCAGUGCUACUACUCGUCCUCGAACAUUUGCCUUUCAUGGAUCUUGUGCGCAGUCGCGCGGUCGCCAGGAUCUGGAAGGAGACAAUCGACCAGCCGUCGCCACCCAUGCGGUGGACGAUGUUCAUCGCUGCAAGACCCAUCCAGCUCGUGACGGUGUCCAUUGAGCCAGGGUCCAUCGUUCCGCCCGUCCCAAAUUACCUCCUCCAAGGACCGCAGCCGAGCCUCCACCACGGUGAUGCCCUUGUCGGUACACCAGGAGCUACGGUCGUAACAGCCGUACACCCUUUGCUUGACGCGACUAGCACCAUAUUAUACCAUAAAGCCACGAGCUUUGAGAUCAAGCCCAGGGAGCUGUGGAUGCAUUUCGACCACAAUACCAAGAACGGCUUCAUCACCCAGCCGCCAUGCAAGAAGGCGAUACUGCUUGUAACUCCCACAAACGAAGGUGGCAAUCUCACACUUGAGAUUGCAAAGCAGGAGGGAAUCAAAUUGGUCGACAUUCUCGACACCAUCAUCGCAGAGGUCGGUGACGAACCACGGCAACUUGAUCAAUACAAGAUCACGCGCGUGCGAGGUGUUGUCCCUGGUCAUGUUCCUGACUAUUCACCAUGGGCUCGUGGCGCACAGGCAAAGAUCGGUGGAAUGCGUUACUUUGGCCAGAUUUGCUACAGGAAGGUUACGGGCUACGAGUGGAAGGAGAUCAAGUCUUCUGGCAACGUGCUACCAGGAGGAGAUAUGGCGAGUCAUAGGCGAAGGUGGGCAAGUGAUGACAUGAAUGUGUGA